AUGCUACACUCACAAACGCCCUCGAGCAUCCAAAGGCGUCGUCAACAACAUCGCCGACAACAAUCGCUCGAGGUGCCCAUCCUUGCUACCCCCCUCCCUCUCAACUACCGACGAACCCAUUCGACAAGACCGACCCACCGACGCGGCGUCAGUCUCGAUCAAAGUAUGGACAUUAUGGAUUCGUCAUCUGGAUUUCGACCACUACUACCUCAGGACCACCAUCACGGACUUCCCACCACUGGACCAACAGCAAGGACCAUCCCGGAUACUAACCUAGCAUACCUACCGGAACAACAGCAUAUCAUCAAGCAAGAAACGCAGUCGCACAGUCUAGCCCAGCCGGGCUUCCAGGCACCGCCGUCCCAGGCGCAACCACAAAAUUUUCAAUCCCACCUACACCAACAGCUGAACGGGAGCAAUGACCCUUCAGCAAAUGGCCAAAUUCAAGACCAGGCCACCGCUAUGCAAAGUCUACAAAGCCACUUGAUGUGGUACGAGCAGAACUUUGGCGGAAAUCAACCAAACCCCAACCCAAACGUCAACCUUCACCAUCAGAACGCUGUUCCCGCAGAUCAUGGCGCAACAUUUGUACAAGUAGUCCAAACUGCCGCCAGCGAUAUGCAAGCAGCCGCGUUCUUGGCGCAGCGUUCCAUGCAGAUCAUGCCCGCCAUACCCAUCUCAACUGGCAAUGCCAGGACCGUACCAAACACCCCUCMGCAUUAUAGCCAGGGAUGGCCAAGCCCACCCACGACGCACGCGAAGCACGCCCGAAGCCAGAGCUACCAUCUUGACGUCGCCCCAAUGCCUCAAGGUCAUGACGGUGCUCAAUUUACUGGACAGGGCCAGAUAUCCAACGGCACAUUCAGCUUCCCUAGUGAGCAAGACUACGCAUCUUCAGCAUACUCGUCAUCGAUUGUGGACCCAUCAUCACCACCGCAGCAGCACAACACACCCAUGCCGACUCUCUACGAAGAGCCAUCAAAUUCAUACGGAAGCCAAGGAGAUAUACUCUUACAAGCCGCGGCCGGUGCAGAACAGGACUUCRACGACCCCAACUUUAUGAUGGGCGGUGGAUCAAUGUGCUCGGAACAAGCCGCGCUCGACGCAGCUGGUAUUGAUGCAACAUAUAUUGACACUGGUAUCAGCGAGGAGCAGAUCAACUCAUGGCUUGUGCACCCCGUCAACAAGGGUGACGCAUAUCACUGUAGAUGGGAAGGAUGCGGCACGAGCAUCAACCGCAAGGAGAACGCAAGAUCACACGUACAGAAUCAUCUCGAUGACCGACGAUUCCGCUGCAACCCAUGCGGAAAGAGGUUCAACCGUCUGCACGACACAAAACGCCACCACCUCACCCACACUAACGAGCGCCCUGCGGUAUGUCCCUGCGGCAAGACGUUUGCUCGUGCAGACGCUCUGACCAGACAUCGACAACGUGACAUGUGUGCGGGUGUUCUUCCCGGCUUCGAGAAGGCCGAAGAAGRGAAGCCAAAGCGUGGGCGGCCAAAGAAGGACAGGUCCGAGGGCAGUGAUAGAUCGCACAGAUCCAGCCGACCCGACAUGGACAGCAGAUCAAGAAAAGCCGCGCUUGCCCGCGCAAUUGACCGCACCAACGGUGGCAGUUUCAACAGCAGCAGCCCUGGCGGCAGUGUGCACAGCAUGCCAGAUACUCCUCCCCACGACUCGGACGAAAUGGAAGAAAACGACUUCCUCGACAUGAGCUCGACCAAUGCCCAGUUCAACAGUGCCGUUGCUCAAUGGCUGGACACUCCUCCGACCUCGCCCACAUCCGUUACAUCCAAGCGAGCAGACUCCAAAGCUUUCAUCGAUCUGAGCAUCCCAGCAGACCAGGUCGUCUCACCCUCCAAGCUAUCGACACGUGAAUCGCCAACAGCGAAUGCGGCAUCCUCGUUCCAUGACGCAUCUAGCCCAGCCGGGGGUGUUUACACCAACUACUCGUCGCCAGCAGCAUUCAACGGUAACAUCGGAUUCGCCGGAGAUUCCAGCCCAAUCCACCCUGGAGGGAAUGUCUUCGAUGACUCGUUCAACUUUGACGUGAUGAACUCCCACCCAGACGUCGGUCGGGACGCCUUCUCUCCACCGGGAGAGUCGUGUAGCGGAUCCAGUGUCUACAAUUCCGACUGGGAUACUGUCCACGUAAGCAGCGUCAAGCACAACAAUACUGCGGUGCCAAGUACCAUAUACGAGGAAGGCUUCGGCCGCAGCUCAGCUGGCAUGGACGACUUCAUGGGCGAGUUUCUCGGAUCUGCCGGUGAUUCCCAAUACGACGAAGUCCGCGACAUGCUGGACUCUUGGGUAGCUUCGAACUAA